AUGAAUUGUCAUUUUAUUUUGAUGCUGAUUUUUGUCUUAGAGAUAAACAAUGAACUGAUGACUGAAAACCCCGGAAUUUGCUCCAUUAAUGCAUUAAGUGAAAUUAUCGCUUGCUGUCAUAAUUAUUAUAAAAAUGGCAAUUUCUGCUUAGCAUGUCCUCUUGGAACAUUUGGGUCAAACUGCAACGAAACUUGUCCAGAAGGUUUCUAUGGGCACCUGUGCAAAACGAAAUGCGGUUGUCGUCAAUGUGAUAAAGUCAAUGGCUGUCUUGUGAGAACUGGUGAAAACAGCAUAACGAAAGAGGAAAUCUACCUUUCAUCUCUCGGAGCUCUUUCUUUUAUGGUUUGCUUGUUAAUUGGAUACAUUAUUCGGAAGAAAUGUUUUCGGAUGCGGAGUCCAGGUAUAUAUCUUCAACCUUUUGUUGGAAGUGAAAGACCUGUUGCAUUACAGAAUGAUUAUGAAUUCCUAAAUCGACACAAAGAUGAACAAUCAUGCACUGCACAAGAAAAGCAAAUCACUGAUUUUGAACUGAAUAAUACAAAUACUCCAAAUCCGUACAUAGAAGUUUUGUAAA